CCCGAGAGCCUCAGCCGUGCUGGGACCAGUGCUCCCAGUAAGGGCGGCUCUUGGAGACCCGCACGACGAGUACGUAGAGGCUGGGUCCUCACCCGAUCGCAGCCUGAGGCCUCGCUCCCCCAUACUCACCUUAGGAAUUUUUGUAGCACGUUUGUUCGGAGUUUUGGAUUAUUUCACAUGUUGUGAGGUAAUUAAGUCCGCAUCUAGGCCUUUGUGCUUAGUAACAACACCAAAAUCAGCCAGCGCGGCUCCUUCAGCCUUGUGCAAAUGAGUCUUGCCAACACAUGGCAGGGUGCAGCAUUUUAGCACCCAGUGUAUAUGCUGACACCGUUCUCUCACGCUGAGAGGCUGCUCUGCCUCCCUGAAGACGAGCCUUACUGACGCAAGAAACAUUGGUGCUUCAGCACCAGGGAAGUGACUGCAGUUGGAAACUGGAAAAAAAUGUUUUAGCCCCCCACUUGAUGCAAAAAAGGAAAUAUUGGGUGGGGAACUACUUACGUAUGUUUCGGGGUUCCCUGUACAAGAGAUAUCCCUCACUCUGGAGGCGACUAGCCACAGUGGAAGAAAGGAAGAAGAUAGUGGCCUCUUCACAUGAAAAUCAGCGGUCUCACAGUCCCAGAAGAUAUCAUGGCUAUACAACAUUAGCCACUAGCGUGACACUGUUAAAGGCCUCUGAAGUGGAAGAGAUCUUGGAUGGAAACGAUGAGAAAUACAAGGCGGUGUCUAUCAGCACAGAACCUCCCACCUACCUCAGAGAACAGAAGGCAAAGAGGAACAACCAGUGGGUGCCAACCCUGCCCAACAGCUCUCAUCACCUGGAUGCAGUGCCAUGCUCAACAACAAUUAACAGAAAUCGCAUGGGCAGGGAUAAGAAGAGAACGUUCCCUCUGUGCUUUGAUGACCAUGACCCAGCAGUGAUCCAUGAGAAUGCAUCCCAGCCGGAGGUUCUGGUUCCAAUCAGGCUUGAUAUGGAAAUUGAUGGGCAGAAACUCAGAGAUGCGUUUACGUGGAACAUGAAUGAAAAGCUAAUGACCCCAGAGAUGUUCUCUGAGAUUCUUUGUGAUGACCUGGAUUUGAAUCCUCUGACCUUUGUCCCUGCUAUUGCCUCUGCCAUCCGACAACAGAUCGAGUCGUACCCAACUGACAGUAUCCUAGAAGAUCAGUCAGACCAACGAGUUAUUAUUAAGCUAAACAUCCAUGUAGGGAACAUCUCCCUUGUAGACCAGUUUGAGUGGGACAUGUCAGAGAAGGAGAAUUCACCAGAGAAGUUUGCCUUGAAGCUGUGCUCAGAGCUUGGCCUGGGUGGGGAGUUUGUCACAACUAUUGCCUACAGCAUCCGGGGACAGCUGAGUUGGCAUCAGAAGACAUACGCCUUCAGCGAGAACCCUUUGCCGACUGUGGAAAUUGCUAUUCGCAACACGGGGGAUGCUGACCAGUGGUGCCCUCUUCUGGAAACCCUCACAGAUGCCGAGAUGGAGAAGAAGAUCAGAGACCAGGACAGAAAUACAAGGCGCAUGAGACGUUUGGCCAAUACUGCUCCAGCCUGGUAAUCUUCCUGUUGUGACACUGGUGCUCUUCCUACAGACUUUAUCCCUUCUCCUCUCCCCAAAUGGAUCUAGGAUUGGCAGGGGUCUUUCUGUCCCUGAAGGGGACACACAUUCCACUUGCCAAGAGUUCCCAGUACUGCUGACUUCUGCCCCCAUCCCCUCCACCUAAAUGCCACGUAGCAAGAACGCUGCGUUAGCACGUGAUCUAUCCGAGACCUGUGGCAGCUGUUGGAGCCCUUAUAUACCUGUGUGUGGACAGUGUAAAGAUUCUUUUGUAUAGGUGCAACAUGCACUAUUAGGACAACUUUUUAAAUAAAAGGAAUGCAUACUACU